CGGUGUCUGCUUGCGCUCUCCCAGAGGUCAUCCCCGGGUGAGCCGGUGCAGUCGAGGCUGGGGACGCCGGCGCGCAGGCCAUGGCCUCUCCUGGGCUGCCGCAGCCCCCGGCCGAGGUCUCGCCCUGGCCUCUGCGCCUGCUGCACGCGCCUCCCGGGCUGCUGCGGCUGGACUCCACCGGCGGCGCGCUGCUGCUGCUCGGCCUCGCGGCGCUCCUCGGCUGGAGCUGGCUGUGGCGGCACCGGGCGCGGGGCAUCCCCCCCGGACCCACGCCCUGGCCCGUGGUGGGCAAUUUCGGCUUCGUGCUGCUGCCACCGUUCCUCCGACGGAAGAGCUGGCUGCAGCGCCGGGCGAGGGCCGCAGGAGUGGAGCCCUCGGCCCUGGGCCCGCAGUUGUACCUGGCCGACCUGGCCCGCGUAUACGGCAACGUCUUCAGCUUUUUCAUCGGCCACUACCUGGUAGUGGUCCUCAGCGACUUCCAAAGCGUGCGCGAGGCGCUGGUGCAACAGGCCGAGAUCUUCAGCGACCGCCCGCGGGUGCCGCUCGUCUCCCUCGUAACCAAGGAGAAGGGGAUUGUAUUUGCACAUUAUGGUCCAGUCUGGAGACAACAGAGGAAGUUCUCUCAUUCAACUCUUCGUCAUUUUGGCUUGGGAAAACUUAGCUUGGAACCCAAGAUUAUUGAGGAGUUUAAAUAUAUAAAAGAGGAAAUGCAGAAGCAUGGAGAAGACCCCUUCAACCCUUUCCCCAUUCUCAACAAUGCUGUCUCUAACAUCAUUUGCUCCCUGUGCUUUGGCCAGCGUUUUGAUUAUACCAAUAGUGAGUUUAAGAAAAUGCUCAAUCUUAUGUCACGAGCAUUAGAAAUCUGUCUUAACACCCAGCUCCUCCUGGUCAACAUAUGCUCCUGGCUUUAUUAUCUUCCCUUUGGACCAUUUAAAGAAUUAAGACAGAUUGAAAAGGAUAUUACCACUUUCCUUAAAAAAAUCAUCAAAGACCAUCGAGAGUCUCUGGAUGUGGAGAAUCCUCAGGAUUUCAUAGACAUGUACCUUCUCCACGUGGACGAGGAGAGAAAAAAUAAUAGCAAUAGUAGCUUUAAUGAAGAUUAUUUAUUUUAUAUCAUUGGGGAUCUCUUCAUUGCUGGAACUGAUACCACAACUAACUCCUUGCUUUGGUGCCUUCUUUAUAUGUCACUGAACCCCGACAUACAAGAAAAGGUUCAGGAAGAAAUUGAAAGGGUCAUUGGUGCUGACAGAGUCCCUUCCCUCACUGACAAGGCCCAGAUGCCCUACACAGAAGCCACCAUCAUGGAGGUGCAGAGGCUGACUGUGGUGGUGCCACUUGCCAUUCCUCAUAUGACCUCAGAGAAAACAGUGCUCCAAGGAUAUACCAUUCCGAAAGGCACAGUGAUAUUACCCAACUUGUGGUCAGUACACAGAGACCCAGCCAUUUGGGAGAAACCGGAUGAUUUCUACCCUAAUCGAUUUCUGGAUGAUCAGGGACAACUUAUUAAAAAAGAAACAUUUAUUCCUUUUGGGAUAGGGAAGCGCGUGUGUAUGGGAGAACAGCUGGCAAAGAUGGAAUUAUUUCUGAUGUUUGUGAGCCUAAUGCAGAGUUUCACAUUUGCUUUACCAAAGGAUUCUAAGAAGCCCAUCCUGACUGGAAGAUAUGGUCUAACUUUAGCCCCACAUCCAUUUAAUAUAAUCAUUUCAAAGAGAUAAAGAACGUGCCCAAGAAGAGAGUGUAAAUACAUCUCCUUCUGACCAGAUCCUUCCUCUGCAGUUGACAGCAGACCCAGCAACGCAGUGGGUCCGGGUCAGGCUCAGAUGAGUGGGAGACCGGAAAGAGGGUGGAGCUUGAUUCUUCAACAGGAUGUGUCUGUCAUUUUAGUAAUGUGCGUCUGUGACUUACGGAAUGGGGACCAAAGUGCUGGAUCAGGAAGAAGAGAUCUGGAGUUUAUGGAGUUUAUUGGAGCUCCCACCAAUGAACAUUGCUUCUCAUCUUUCAGUGCCUCAGUCAUUCUGUGUGUAAAAUGAGGUUAAGAAAAUUCUCCUUCUCUAUGUUUCAGCACUAAAGAAGGGCAAAUACCCCGUAUCUUUUCUUUUCUGACCUCACCAAAACACUGUUAGUUUCUGGAGAACAAAUUCAGAAGUAGAAGGAAGUUCUGCCAGUUUAAGACCUGUGACAACACGAAAGUAGUGUUCAGACUUGAAUACUUUGUCAGAGAAGUAUGUGGGUUUAGGCAAUGAUGAGUUAGAGCUUUUCUCUGAACAGAUCUUAUGUCGGUUUGGUAUAAGGGCUUCUUCUGUUACUGUUAUCUUUUUUGUUUGCGAUGUAGUUUUUACGUUUUGUAGACAUGGACUCAAGUGCCCUUGUCCAGUGUGUAGCGGAAAGGUUAUUGUUUGAAUUUAUAUGUCUACCUUCUUUUUUUUUUUUAAGUUUAUUUUGAGAGAGAGAGGAUGCGUUGCAUGUGCUCGCGUGAGCAGGGGAGGGGCAGAGAGAGAAGAAGAGAGAAUCCCAAGCAGGCAUCAGUGUGCAGCUCGAUCCCGUGAACCUCAAGAUCACGACUUGAGCUGAAAUCAAGAGUUGGGCGCCACCCAGUGCCCCGUACGUCUACCUUCUAUUUCAGCUUUAGAAACUGUGAGCCUGGCUGAAGAGGUGGCUUCAAGGCAGAGCUCCUUUCUGCUCAGCUACUUGCAGAGAUGUAGCUCUGCCUUUUGACUUGAGCCCUGAAUAGUGAGCUUGGGCAUUUUGAUACUGGGAUUCAUCAGGGAAAGAUUCAAACUGUGCUGAACAUCCCUUUUGUGUUCUCUCUUCCACUAGGCUUAAUAUGUCUCAUCUUUGAGUACUCUCAAAGACAAAGAGUCAUUCUUUUUUUUUUUUAACUUUAUUUUUGAGAGAGAGAGAGUGUGUGUACACACGCUCACUAGU